GCCACGUCCCAAACUAGCUUCACCACUAAGAUUACUUCAUGAUGUAAAAUCAGGUGCGCUCAGGCCCAGAGUCAGGGAAAAAUGAUACGGCGAUCUCGGCCAAAAUCAACGCAAGACUGUGUUUCUAUUUGUUGAUACCUGUGGUCCGAACACCACUGGAUCAUCUCUCCGCUCUUCAAUCUUCAUGACCAACGCUUACGGGUCGAGUCAAGGAGGAAAGCCGGAGGGUCCAGAAAGAAGUGAGUAAAGAAGCGCACCGGGGGUUUUAGGUUAGAGCAACGAAGCUAAAGUCAGUGCACAGUUUGUGUCCGUUCGGUGAUUGUUCUGGUUAUUACUUUUUGCACGCAAGGUGUUUGACGGAAUUCAUCUGUGUGCAGGACAUUUUAAAUCUGUUUCGUUGCUUAGAAAUCCAAGGAAACGAUGUCUUUGUAUAUUGGUAAUCUAUCAGCUCGAACUCGAAGAGAUGAACUUGAAUAUUUUUUCAGAAGGUUUGGGCACUGUAAUGUACAGCUUAAAAAAGAUGGAUAUGGGUUCGUAGUAUUUGACUACCCUCAGGAUGCAGAGAAAGCUUUGAGAGCACUACAGGGCAGGAACAUCUGUGGAGAGCCAUUGACUCUUACAUGGUCUAAUAAACAGCCCCAACCUUUUCGAAAAUUUGCAAGAGGUGCUAGAUCCUAUGAGCCGCUGCAUGGAAGGAAUGCUGUGAGAGGAGGAGAUUAUGCUAGUAGAAAAAUGGGUUCAAAUGGUUGGAGGGAUUACGGAAUGGGUAUUAAACAACCAGAUAGUGAUGGUAGAAGGCCUAAUUCUGCUGACAUGCUUGAUGAUGAGCCAGGCUACCAUCAAGACAACCUAAAAGAUAAUGUUGAGGAAGAACUUCAAGGUUUGCAUGAUGAAGGUCGCAGUGUUGUAGCCAACUUGGACAACGAUAGAUGGGUUGGGCAAGUUCUUGAGCGCUCAUAUGAUAAGGGGGUUGAAAAUGGAAUAGAAUUUGACCGUUAUGAACCUUACAAGAGUUACGAUGAAAAAGGUGAAAAUGAAAACCAAAGGAUGGGCUAUACAGGUCGUUCUCCUGCCACAAGUUCUCAAGAGAAUCUAGGGAGAGAGCAGAUUGACGCUGCAGCUCUGAACUGUUCUAAUGAUUCUAAACCUCUGCAAACUUGCUUCAGUUGCGGGGCUUCUGGCCACAAAAACCGUAAUUGUCCCAGAAAACAUGCUUCGCAGAGAACAUCCACUAAGUUUGAUCUUAGGCAGGACUAUGAUAUUGAUAAAAAUGGUAGAGGCAAAGGAGAGGUCAGUAGAUUUGGAUCCAAAUCCUGGGGAAAACUGCGGUCACACAGGGAUACUAUGUCUGUAAGGCAACACAGAGAUGAUAGGUGGGCAUCUGGUUCUAGAAACCAUCGGAGGGUGAUAAAUAGUAUAACACAGGAAACUGAUAGGGACAGGAGAAAGGACUAUGGAGGAAAGAAGAGGCGGGAAAUAGGAAGUCCUACACGCAGUACCACAAAGAAAGCGAGGAAGUCAACUGCAUCGCCAGACCAUUCUGAUAAUGCUGCAUGCAGGUCACGCCCUACUUUCCAAUCCUCAAAGACUCUGCCAAAGUCCAGUAGAUCGAGAUCCCCAUUUUCCAGAGCACAUUCCUUGUCUUCUAAUUUAAGGUCCAGUUCAAAAUCACACUAUUCUGGGUCCAGAAGUUAUAAGUCUAGGUCAAGGUUGAGCUCACCCGCGUCUUUGUCUGUGUCUGUAUCACUUGGUCGGCCUUUACCAUCCUCUCCAAAUAAGGUGCAGUUGAAUCUAAAAGGCUCCUUGUAUAAUGCUACUGCUCCUGAAUCCAAGGACAUUCUAGUUGAACAGGUAGAGCCAGUAGACAGUGAUAAAAGGUUGGAGAAGGCUAAACUUGAAAAUACAAUGAUGGUUGUCAAUAAUGAAUAUGUACUGUCAUCCUCUAAAGUUGAAGAUGACAUGGAAAAGGACCAGCCUCCGGUGAGGGAGGACAAUGGCAACCAUAUUGCAUCUGGGUCAUUAUAUGAAGUAGAAAAUCCAAGCACACUCCUGUCAGAGAAAGGCACUCUUACUGCUGGGAAUUCAUCUUCUGAGAUGUUCGGAGAGAUGAUGGAAUUUCAAAAUUCUGGCACAUUGGAGAUCGAACAUAUGCAGGCAUCAAUCAAGAAGCCAGAUUCAGAGGCACUUGCCAAUUCCCAGACUGGCCAUUCAACAAGCAUGUCCUUAGAAGAGAUGUACAGGGUUCUGAAGCAUUAUGGCCUUGAACUCUCAGAAGAAAAUGAAAGACAUCUAUCUGUUGAGGCAUACUUUGGUUCUGCUCGCUUAUGGCCUUGGGAGAUCAUCUACUACAGGAGGCAGAAAAAGGGCCCUAUUUCCCUUGAGAACUAUGACAGGCGGGUUGUUCAGAAUGAAGAGUUUGGUAUGGUCGAUAAGUAUAUCAGGAGCAGUAGUGGAUGGGGAGAAAUGGAUAAAGAAAACUCUUGAAAGGUUUUGUCUGUAGAUGUGCUGACAUAUUUUUUGUCCUCAUAGACCCCGAGAUCUAUCUUCAUUUUAAUACUAGUAUUUUCGGUUUCACAUGCAAUAUUUCUAGCAGAUAUCUCAAGUAGAAGUUUUAAAGAGGUAAAUUUGCAGAACAUGUUCCAUAUGAUUAUAGUUGUAGCGUCCUAUAUUGAUGUUCGAAAUCAUAUUAAUUUGAUGUAGUUUUCUUCUUCAAAUGAUGUGUAUCAUGCUGGUUGUAUGUUGGAUUUUGAGUAGUUGUACAAAAUUGUGGAGUGACAAAAAAUUGGGAAAUUUUUUAGUCCUGAUUUUUUGAGGCUUUGAGCAAAGCUUCAUAGCAGUUCAUGUAAAUGUUAUUAUGCACUCUUGUUCUUUUACCGCA